ACUUAACUAAAAAAUCAAAUCUCAUAGGCUUUGUUGCAUUCCUCUCGCAAUAUAUUGGAGCUCUAGUGGGCCUGUUUCCCGUUAGGUUAUAUAUUGUUCUGGCGCCCAAUGUUGCAGCCCUUAGUAUCCUGAUCGGCCAUUAAAGCUUUUUUGUUUCUUAGCCUCUAAAAUUAGGUUAUGACUGUACACAAACAAAAUCUCUUUCAUCAUCUCACCCUCACUUCUAUACUUUCAGAGUGAGGAUACUCAUCAUACAAUUUUUGUUAAAAUUUUCCCUCUUCAAUUAUACCUUGAUUCGAGGCAAAGAACAUAUUUCGCUACAGAUUGAAAUCGUCAUCAAAGUUAUAAAAAAACACUUCUCUUCAAUCAUUCUGUUUCGGUCAAAAUAGCAGUGCCCAAAACAGUAAGAACUAUUUGUUUCGAGGCACUACGUAAAGUGGGUGCAGCAAAAACAGGAUAAAAAGGAAGAAACCAAGUUUAAUGGGGCGGCGCAACAGCAACAAGGGCAUUAAAGGAGACAAAUCGGCAGGAAGCUCAAGCUUGGAUGCCCAAGUCAUCAGAAUGAGUGUCGAUGACGAACAAGAUAAGGCCGAGUCUUCCAUGGUUGCUGCUACUACUGAAAAUGUAUCAAAGGACAUUGUUUUUGCUGGUUCUGAUCAGACCAGUGCUGAUUAUUACUUUGAUUCCUAUUCUCAUUUUGGUAUACACGAAGAAAUGCUAAAAGAUACAAUCAGAACGAAGACCUACCAAAAUGUAAUUUAUCAUAAUUCAUUCCUUUUCAAGGAUAAAGUUGUACUUGAUGUUGGAGCUGGGACGGGAAUUUUGUCUCUUUUUUGUGCAAAAGGAGGGGCAAAGCAUGUAUAUGCAGUAGAAUGCUCUCACAUGGCUGACAUGGCAAUGGAGAUUGUUAAAGCAAAUGGCUAUAGUGAUGUCAUCACUGUUCUCAAGGGAAAAAUUGAGGAAAUAGAUUUACCUACCCAACAUGUGGACGUUAUCAUUUCAGAAUGGAUGGGCUACUUCCUUCUCUUUGAGAACAUGCUUAACACUGUUUUAUAUGCUCGUGAUAAAUGGCUGAUCCCUGGUGGUGUUGUGUUACCGGAUAGGGCUUCCCUCUUCCUAACGGCCAUUGAGGAUGCAGACUACAAACAAGAGAAGAUAGACUUCUGGGAUCGUGUCUAUGGCUUUGACAUGAGCUGCAUUAGGCAGCAAGCCAUGUUGGAACCUCUUGUGGACACAGUUGACCAGAAUCAAAUAGUUACAAACUGCCAGUUGCUGAAGACAAUGGACAUUUCAAAGAUGAGCCCUGGAGAUGCAUCCUUUACUGCAUCAUUCAAGCUUGUGGCUGAGCGCAAUGAUUUUGUCCAUGCUUUGGUGGCAUACUUUGAUGUUGCAUUUACCAAUUGUCAUAAAGUCAUGGGGUUUUCAACAGGGCCUAGAUCUCGUGCUACUCAUUGGAAGCAAACUGUAAUGUAUCUGGAAGAUGUGAUCACCAUGUGUGAGGGGGAAUCACUUCUUGGAAGCAUGACUGUUGCUCCGAAUGCCAAGAAUCCGCGUGAUGUUGACAUUAUAUUGAACUAUUCAUUUUCUGGAAAGCGUUGUCAGGCUGGAAGAACACAGUGCUAUAAGAUGCGCUGAUGUACUUUUGCUCAUUAAAUGCAAUUAUUACAUUUUUUAUGCAUAAGAAAUGUAUAUGUUUCGUUAAAUUGUUUCUUCAUUGUAUUGACAUCUGGGAUAUACAAUGAAGGAAAUAUUUUCCACAGGCUUCUUGUGAAGAUAGAGGAUCAUUGUUACUUUGCAAAUUCUGUAUUAUUCUAAUAUCCCCGAUCUUGAGUAAACACAGUACAGGCGGUGAAGAAUAUAGGUUUCUCUAAUUAAUCAAUUGUUUUUCAAAGCCUCUCUUGUGAAGUUAGGAGGCCCCUGCUAUUUUGUUAGUCUUGCAUUAUUCUAACAUACCCAAUGGAACAGUUACAUGUAUUUACCCCAUAUUUUGAAAAAUCCUUUGACGUA